AUGACAAGCACCGCGCGACUGGUUGCUGGCAUAUUUGAGCUAAAGUGUGCUGUGCAGCAGUAUGCCUGGGGCAAGAAAGGCUCUGAAAGUGUGGUAGCUAGACUAAAAGCUGCUGCUGAUCCGGACUUCGUAAUAGAUGAGCAGACACCUUACGCAGAGCUAUGGAUGGGCACACAUCCCAAUGGUCCAUCCAUUGUCAGUAUCCCAGGCUACCCGUCAGUUCCUCUAUCUCAGUGGAUCAAAGAACACCCAGAGCAGCUAGGCACAGAAAUGAAUUCUUACUUCAAGGGCAACCUACCAUUUUUGUUCAAAGUUUUGUCGGUGAAAACAGCGCUGUCCAUUCAGGCACACCCGAACAAGGUGCUUGCAGAAAUUUUGCAUGCAACCCUGCCAGAUUUGUAUAAAGAUGACAAUCACAAACCGGAGAUGGCUAUAGCUCUGACUAAAUUUACUGCCCUCUGUGGAUUUCGGCCAAUCAAAGAAGUGGCCCACUUUCUGCAAAGCGUUGAUGAAUUCCGAGAAGCUGUGGGUGAGAAGUCGGUCAAACUGAUAACAGCAAGCCACUCUAUGGACAUGCCACUGCAUCGGGAAGCCAUGAAGCAUGCUUUCAAGAGCCUCAUGGAAAGGAGCACCGAGGUCAUCACCCGUACGUUGAACCUGCUGGUCACCAGAGUGAAAAAGCUGAAGGAUGAAGGUGCAGACAUUAGCCACUAUGCAGGAGACAUAUUGCUGAAGCUAAACAGCGAGUUUCCUGGCGAUCGUGGCUGCUUUGCCAUUUACUUUCUGAACAUCGUGGAGCUGGAGCCUGGAGAGGCCAUGUUUCUGGAGGACAAUCUGCCACAUGCUUACCUGUCUGGAGACUGUAUGGAAUGCAUGGCUUGCUCAGACAAUGUGGUGCGUGCCGGUCUGACUGUGAAGUACAUUGAUGUGCACACACUGUGUGAGAUGCUGGACUACACCGGCCGGCCAGUUAGCCGCACCAAAUUCUGCGGAAUAGAGAGUCUCAGCAGCAACACCCACGUCACCAUUUUCAACCCCCCAGUGCCGGAGUUUGGGGUCACCAAGUUUGAGAUUCCAAAAGGGACAAAAGAUUAUCGCUUCCAGAGCUAUGAGGGCGCCAGCAUCUGCAUCAUCAUUAGCGGUGAGGGCCAGGCCGCCAGCGAAGCUCUGUCCACACCCAUGAAGUUGAAAACUGGAACCGUGUUUUUUGUGGCUGCAGACGUCAACUUGCACAUCUCCGUCACUGGCGGGGAGAACUUGAUACUGUUCCGCGCUUAUCCUGGCACUUUCUAG